UAAAACAGGGAAGCGUGAUAUACGCAAGGAUGAUGGAUCCAUGUUCAGUUGGAGUCCAGCUUCGGACCACACAUGACUGCCAUAAAACCUUCUAUACUCGGCACACAGGUUUCAAGACUUUGCAAGAACUGUCAUCAAAUGACAUGCUUUUGCUUCAGCUUAGGACUGGAAUGACACUGUCUGGGAAUAAUACAAUCUGUUUGCAUCAUGUAAAAAUUUACAUUGACAGAUUUGAGGAGUUGCAGAAGUCGUGCUGUGACCCAUUUAACAUACACAAAAAGCUAGCCAAAAAGAACCUGCACGUGAUUGACCUAGAUGAUGCCACUUUUCUGAGUGCAAAGUUUGGAAGACAGCUCGUACCUGGUUGGAAGCUCUGUCCAAAAUGUACCCAGAUCAUCAACGGAAGUGUGGAUGUUGAUUCAGAUGACCGCCAGAGACGGAAACCCGAGUCAGAUGGAAGGACUGCUAAAGCUCUGAGGUCUCUGCAGUUUACAAACCCAGGAAAGCAAACUGAAUUUGCUCCAGAGAGUGGGAAAAGGGAGAAGAGGAAGCUCACCAAAAAUGCCAGCGCUGGUUCUGACAGACAAAUUAUUCCAGCAAAGAGUAAGGUGUACGACAGCCAGGGCCUGCUGAUGUUCAGUGGCAUGGACCUCUGUGACUGCCUCGACGAGGACUGCUUGGGAUGCUUCUACGCCUGUCCCACCUGUGGCUCGACCAAAUGUGGGGCCGAGUGCCGCUGUGACCGCAAGUGGCUUUAUGAGCAAAUAGAAAUUGAAGGAGGAGAGAUAAUCCAUAAUAAACAUGCUGGCAAAGCAUAUGGUCUGUUAUCUCCCUGUCACCCAUAUGAUAUUUUACAAAUGUGAUCACCCAAAUAAUUGACCAGCAAAGACGAAAACGCAGCAAAGAAGUGUGCAGUGACAGUUCUGGAAGUGAAAUGUGGAUCAUUCGUAAACGGAGUUGUAGAUGUCAUCGCUGGUCAUGGGAAUGUUGAUACCAUUGCUGCUCUGGAGACAGAUGUGCUUCACAGGAACCUGCUGAUGGAAACUUACCCACAUCGCUGAGAAACGUGGCUGUGAUGAGCAAGAGGACUGUCCUAGAGGAAGAUAUGGGAAACACUUUACAUUAAAAGCUUUUAUUGUUAAUAGAUAUUUCGCAACACUGGAAUGUUCAGAAAGGUUCCUAUUUCAUAUGUUAUCCAUAAAACAAGC